AUGGCUAGUGAAAGAGUCGGAGACGAUCUGUAUCUAGGCAUUGAUGUGUCGACGACUGGGAUCAAGGUUGCGGCGUGCACGGAUGACGGCCAUGUGGCGGCGACGGCGUCGGUGCGGUUCGACGACGAUCUGCCUCAGUAUGGGACCUACGGCGGAGUCCAUACCUUUGAUGACGGCCGCGUCUCUGCUCCGCUAGCCAUGUAUGUCGACGGUCUUGUUCUGGCGCUGGAUCGGGCGGCGGAGAGGUUUGGCGCCAACGCGAUGGCGGCGGUGGCUGGGCUCGGCCUCUGCGCGGCGCAGCACUCGGUAGUCCUGCUUGCCACCGACGACAUGGCGAGCGCGGCCGGUGACGACGCGCCGAACGGGGCGAGGAUCGUGGCCGAGUGCGCGGCGUCGGCAGAUGUGCCGUCGUGGAUGGACGCAGUCGGAGACGAUCUGUAUCUAGGCAUUGAUGUGUCGACGACUGGGAUCAAGGUUGCGGCGUGCACGGAUGACGGCCAUGUGGCGGCGACGGCGUCGGUGCGGUUCGACGACGAUCUGCCUCAGUAUGGGACCUACGGCGGAGUCCAUACCUUUGAUGACGGCCGCGUCUCUGCUCCGCUAGCCAUGUAUGUCGACGGUCUUGUUCUGGCGCUGGAUCGGGCGGCGGAGAGGUUUGGCGCCAACGCGAUGGCGGCGGUGGCUGGGCUCGGCCUCUGCGCGGCGCAGCACUCGGUAGUCCUGCUUGCCACCGACGACAUGGCGAGCGCGGCCGGUGACGACGCGCCGAACGGGGCGAGGAUCGUGGCCGAGUGCGCGGCGUCGGCAGAUGUGCCGUCGUGGAUGGACGCGUCACCCGAGGCGGUGGCCGGAGCAGCGGUGCUCGCGGAGGCCGCGGGCGGGAGGGCGGCGCUGGCGGCGCGGACCGGCUCGCCGCCGUCGGCGCGAUUCUCCGGGCCGCAACUGUGGGCAGUGAGGACGCGUUCGAGUGCAACGCUGAAGGCCACGGCUCACGUCCGGCUGCUCUCGGCCGCGCUGACGUCUGUGCUCGCCGGCAAGCUGGUGGCCAACGACGCGGCGGACGGGUCGGGCACCCACUUGCUCGAGCUGAGCACCCGGGCGUGGGCGAGCGAGUUGUGCGAGGCAGCCGCGCCUGGACUGGAAGCCAAGCUCGGGCCGGUUGCGGACGGAUGCGAGGCCGUGGGCCGGGUCGCACCCUGGCUCGUCGCGCGGUACGGGCUGAGGGCAGACGUGCUUGUGGCGCCGGGCACGGGCGACAACCCGAGCGUGGUGGCUGGCCUCGGGCUCUCACGGACGCAGGUUGCGCUCUCGCUGGGGACAUCAGACACACUCCUGGGGUUGUCCGAUGCCGUGAUUGCGUCCGACGCCGCGUCAGUCUUCUGUGCGCCCGAGCCCGCCAACGUGCACGCGCCAUACAUGGCGCUGCUGGUGUGUGCGAACGGAUCGCGGACGCGGGCGCGGCUGGCGCGAGCACUGGUGGCCGAGACCGAGAGUGACGAGGCAGCAUGGGCUGCGUUUGAUGCGGCGCUAGCAGAUGCACAGCUACACGGACGCGGGUAUGCGCUCUUUGCAGACGUGGCGGAGAUCCUGCCGCCGACGGCGGCGGGCGAGCCGCAGCGAUGGGAUGCCGACGGCGCCUGUUUGAGUGACGCGCCUGUGGAUCCUGGCCUUGAUGCCGUUCAGGCCGUGGAGAGCCGGGCUCUGGUGAUGGCUCAAGCCGCGAGCUCGGUGGGAAUCGAGUUGUCGGCUGCCGAUGUUGCUGUGGCGGUCGGCGGCGGGGCGGCGUCGGACGCAAUGCUGCAGCUGUUUGCCGACAUCAUGGGAGUACGCGUGGCGCGACCGGUCCACGGGGCGCACGGCGCGGCGAUGGGUGCGGCACGGCGGGGAGCGACUGCGUGCGGCGUACCUCCAGACCGGUGGGCACCGAGGCUAGAGGCUGCACGGACGCCGCGGACGGCGACGGUGCAUCGGUCGGCGGCGUGGCGGAGACGCGGUGCAGCGGCAAUGGGCCUGUCGAGCAGAGAGUAGAGCGCAGGCUUUGUUACAUUGUUGGCAGCGCUACGAGAGGGCAAAGAGAACGCCGGCAGCGGCGGAGAAGACCGAGGCGAUGAC